UGUAUCGCGACGAUCAAGCUAGAUUGUCCAUCUACGCAGAAUCCCCGUUCAAGCCGCCAACUCACCCUCCAAGAGGGACUAAACUUGCAAACAUGACCGCCCUAUUCAACUUCCAGUCGCUCCUCCUCGUCAUUCUCCUCCUCAUCUGCACCUGCGCAUACGCGCACCAGCUCAUGCCCGCCAUCAUGGACCGGAACAAGGACGGUAUCAUGGGCAUAUUUUGGAAAUUCGCAAGGGUAGGCGAACGUUUAAGUCCAUACAUCAGCUUAUGCUGUGUCGUCAUGGCGGCAAGUUUCUCCCUCUCCCGGCUUUUCUCCCCUGCAAUUCUGACUGGGUUACGACAGGUCUCCAUGCUCAUCAACUAACCACUCAACCCCUCCUUGUAUGAUUGCGCGCGAGCGGAACCCCUCUAGAUGGGGGCACGAAAAGACUUGUUAUAUGGUUUGGAGUUGGUCUGGGAAAUGAAACAUUGCUUUGUUAGAUGGAUGCCAGCGCCAGGCGCAAGAAAGAGGGUAUGGCUACGGUCAAUGAGGUCCGCAUAACGAUCUCAGUAGUAUAUGGGUACUGUCCGGCGACAGUAGAAAUAAUGCAAGAAAUUCCGCCA